UUCUCUCUCUCUCUAUCUCACGCACAACAAAUGUUGUAAAACCCUAAACAUUGGGAUGAAGGAGGAGCUUUCGUAUCUCUCCGGUAAUGGCGAAAGGAUUGGUAUGGGCGACGGCGGAGGACUUAGCGAGGAACAAGCCAGUGGUGCUAUCACUGUAUCGGAAGAUACUGAGAAGCCUGAACUCGCCUCAGCUCCCACUCCCUCUCGCUGCACGCCUCGCCAAGAAAGCAGAAGCACGAACCAUCUUCCUGUUCGGAUCCGAGGAACGCUCUCUUCAUAACAUCGCCGACCUCAUCGACGCCGCCCAGCACUCCCUCUCCAUCCUCAAAAAAGGCCGUCUCCCUUAGAUCAUCAUCAUCAUCAUCAUCAUCAUCAAAAUCUUUCUUCUUUUUCCCCUCUUUCGUUAUCCAAACAAUGUUAUUCAGCAAUAAAUAAGAACUUGGCAUGAUGUUUA